UUGAUUCAGCAAGCAAUGAGUAUGGGAGUUGAAGAAAAUCCUGGAUAAGGGAAACCAAUAUCGGGGUUGGAGUCAACCAUCUAUUCUACAUUGUAUUGAUUUUUUGUUACCAGUCAGCACAGGUUCCAUUUGCGAAGUUGUUCUCCACAUAAUAGAUAGUUGGCUGUUUAACUAAUGUUGACAUUUAGAGUUCGGGAAAACCGUUUGACAUCUGUUUUCACGUUGUUCAGGACUGCGCUUCCGCCAUAUUGAAGCAGUUCACUAGCGGCAAGUUGUGACUGACUGGCUAGGACCGAACUGACAAGAGAUCCGCUAGUCUCUAGAUAGACUUGGUGGGGCUGUUAGCUCGCUGGUGACGCAGGAAAAACACCCAAGAGCUGACAAAAAAAAACAACAACCAAGGAACCAGAUUAUUCUAACUGACAGAGCUUCAAAUGAAAUAGCAAGAUACAGGGCACAUUUAUGUAAUAAACAACGACACACUCGUCAAGGCUGGAGUAGCUCGUUAAUAGAGGAGAAGUCCUAUCAAAUUCCUGGUUAUGCAAUGGUCUCAGCGGCCCGUCCAGAUCUCCAGGUGGUUCUGUCCCUCUCUCUUGUGCCGCGGCCGCUGCUCUCCUCCCUCUGCUCUUCCUCUGAGGUUGCCGAGGCUCCUCCUGUGAUUUCCCUCGUGGUCAGUGCUGCCUAAGAGGCCAAGAUUGCCAAGAUCUGCCCAGUGGCGAGCAUGACGGCCACCACGCGUGGCUCUCCGGUGGGGGGCAACGACAGCCAGUCGGGCCAGGUUCAGGCACCCGAUGCCCAGAGUCAGAGUCAGCCCCCGCUGCCACAGAACCAGACGUUGUCCCCUAACUCGUCCAAUGAGAACUCUCCAGUGAGCCCCCCGGAUGAGCAGGGUCAGGGGGAUGGACCCCCACAGCUGGAGGAGGAGGUGGAGGAGCCAGCCUUCCCUCACACAGACCUGACAAAGCUGGAUGACAUGAUCAACAGACCCCGCUGGGUGGUUCCAGUUCUGCCAAAGGGAGAGUUGGAGGUUCUUCUAGAAGCUGCUAUAGAGCUUAGUAAAAAGGAACUUGAUGUGAAGUGUGAGGCAUGCCAGAGGUUUUUCAGGGACGGCCUGACCAUCUCUUUCACCAAGAUUCUCACAGACGAGGCCGUCAGCGGGUGGAAGUUCGAGAUACAUAGGUGUAUCAUCAACAACACCCACCGGCUGGUGGAGCUGUGUGUGGCCAAGCUCUCUCAGGACUGGUUCCCCUUGCUGGAGCUGCUGGCCAUGGCCUUCAACCCCCACUGCAAGUUUCACAUCUACAAUGGCACGAGGCCCUCUGAGACGGUGCCCGCCGGGGCGCAGCUGGCAGACGACGAGCUCUUUGCCCGCCCCCCUGACCCUCGCUCUCCAAAGGUAGGGUCUGAAUUCAAGGGCUGGUUGGUGGAUUUAAUUAACAAAUUCGGCACGUUAAACGGGUUUCAAACGCUGCACGAUCGCUUCAUAAGUGGCCAAGCACUGAACGUCCAGAUCAUCGCUGCCCUUAUCAAGCCUUUCGGGCAGUGUUACGAGUUUCUCACGUUGCACACGGUGAAGAAGUACUUCCUGCCCGUCAUCGAGAUGGUUCCUCAGUUCCUGGAGAAUCUGACAGACGAGGAGCUGAAGAAGGAAGCCAAGAACGAAGCCAAAAAUGAUGCCCUGUCCAUGAUCAUCAAGUCCCUGAAGAACCUGGCCUCCAAGGUGCCUGGGCAGGAGGAGACCGUCAAGAACUUAGAGAUUUUUAGGUUAAAAAUGAUUCUUAGGUUAUUGCAAAUUUCCUCUUUUAAUGGCAAAAUGAAUGCACUAAACGAAGUAAACAAAGUAAUCUCCAGUGUGUCCUAUUACACACAUCGGCAUGGCAACCCCGAGGAGGAGGAGUGGCUAACUGCAGAACGCAUGGCGGAGUGGAUCCAGCAGAACCACAUCCUGUCCAUUGUGCUGAGGGACAGCCUCCACCAGCCUCAGUACGUAGAGAAACUAGAGAAGAUACUGCGCUUCGUCAUCAAGGAGAAAGCUCUUACCAUGCAGGACCUGGACAACAUCUGGGCUGCACAGGCUGGUAAACACGAGGCCAUUGUGAAGAACGUACACGACCUUCUGGCCAAGCUGGCCUGGGACUUCUCUCCUGAGCAGCUCGACCACCUCUUUGACUGCUUCAAGGCGAGUUGGACGAACGCCAGUAAGAAGCAACGUGAGAAGCUGUUGGAACUGAUCCGUCGCCUGGCGGAGGACGACAAGGAUGGCGUGAUGGCCCACAAGGUGCUGAACCUGUUGUGGAACCUGGCUCACAGCGAUGACGUGCCUGUAGACAUCAUGGACCAGGCACUCAGUGCUCACAUCAAGAUACUGGACUACAGUUGCUCUCAGGAUAGAGACACGCAGAAGAUCCAGUGGAUCGAUCGCUUCAUAGAAGAGUUGCGCACCAAUGACAAAUGGGUGAUUCCUGCACUAAAGCAGAUCCGAGAGAUCUGUAGCCUGUUCGGAGAGGCUCCUCAGAAUCUCAGAAAGAAAAUGCCUAUUAACAUACAAACGAACUUAGUGGGUCAGACCCAGAGGAGUCCUCAUGUGUUCUAUCGUCAUGACCUGAUUAACCAGCUGCAACACAACCAUGCCCUGGUCACGCUGGUGGCUGAGAACCUCUCUGCCUACAUGGAGACCAUGAGGCAGUUCUCUAAAGCCGAGCAGGCGGAGUUUGACCCCCAGACGGUGAGGGUAGGGAGCCGCUACAGCCACGUACAGGAAGUCCAGGAGAGACUCAACUUCCUGAGGUUCCUGCUGAAGGAUGGCCAGUUGUGGCUCUGUGCUCCUCAGGCCAAACAGAUCUGGAAGUGCCUGGCUGAGAACGCAGUCUUUCUUUGUGACCGAGAGGCCUGCUUCAAAUGGUACUCCAAGCUGAUGGGAGAUGAGCCAGACCUGGACCCGGACAUCAACAAGGACUUCUUUGAGAACAACGUUCUGCAGCUGGACCCGUCUCUGCUCACGGAGAACGGCAUGAAGUGCUUUGAGAGGUUCUUCAAGGCCGUCAACUGCAGGGAGGGCAAGCUGGUGGCCAAACGUAGGGCCUACAUGAUGGACGACCUGGAACUCAUAGGCCUGGACUACCUCUGGAGGGUCGUAAUUCAAGGGAGUGAUGACAUCGCCAGUCGAGCCAUAGACCUGCUGAAAGAGAUCUACACCAACCUCGGACCAAAACUACAAGUCAAUCAGGUAGAGAUCCACGAGGAUUUCAUCCAGUCAUGUUUCGACCGUCUGAAGGCGUCGUACGAUACGCUCUGUGUUCUGGAAGGGGACAAGGACAGCAUCAACUGUGCCCGGCAGGAGGCCAUCCGCAUGGUCCGCGUGCUCACUGUGCUCAAGGAGUACAUCAACGAGUGUGACAGCGACUACCAUGAGGAGAGGACCAUACUGCCCAUGUCCAGGGCGUUUCGGGGGAAGCACAUCACGUUGAUCGUGCGUUUCCCUAACCAAGGCCGUCAGGUGGAUGACCUGGACAUCUGGUCUCACACCAACGACACCAUUGGCUCAGUGCGCCGCGGUAUCCUCACACGCAUCAAGGCCAACGCCACGCACACCAAGAUAGAGCUCUUCAUUGGCGGGGAGGUUGUUGACCCAGCCGACGACAGGAAGCUGAUUGGCCAGCUCAACCUGAAAGACAAAACGUUGAUCACAGCCAAGCUGACCCAGGUGAGUGCCAACAUGCCUUCCAGCCCAGACAGCUCCUCGGACUCUUCCACUGGCUCACCGGGUAACCAUGGCAACCACUUCAGCGAAGGGCCCAACCCCGAGGUGGAGAGCUGCCUCCCUGGAGUGAUCAUGUCUCUCCACCUGCGCUACGUCUCCUUCCUGUGGCAGGUAGCAGACCUGGGCUGUAGCCCCAACAUGCCUCUGCUACGAGACGGAGCCAGAGUACUGAUGAAGCUGAUGCCUCCAGAUAACAGUACCGUGGAGAGCCUGCGUGGUGUAUGUCUGGACCAUGCCAAGCUGGGAGAGAACGGCCUCAGCCCAACACUGGACUCACGCUUCUUUGGCCCCUCGCCAUCACAAGUCCUCUACCUCAUAGAGGUGGUGUAUGCCCUGCUCAUGCCAGCCAGCUCCACAUUGGGUGAGGACGCCAGCGACUUCCAGUACAACUUCCUGAAGAGUGGCGGGCUACCGCUGGUACUGAGCAUGCUCACGCGGAACAACUUCCUGCCGUCGGCCGACAUGGAGACGCGGCGAGGGGCGUACCUCAACGCUCUUAAGAUCGGCAAACUGCUGCUCACCGCUGUUGGGUUCGGACACGUCAAAGCUGUGGCCGAGGCCUGCCAGCCCAACGCUGAGGGGACCACACCCGUCUCACCGAUUAACCAGGCCACUCACGACCAGGCUUUGGUCCUCCAGAGUGCCCUGCAGAACCUCCCCAACCCUGCCUCUGAGUGCAUGCUCCGCAAUGUAGCUAUACGCCUGGCCCAACAGAUCUCUGACGAGAACUUCUUCCAGGCGUCGAAGUAUAUCCCUGAGAUCUGUGUGAUCCGGGCGGUGCAGAAGAUAGCAUGGGCUUCAGGCUGUGGCACCAUACAGUUGGUCUUCAGCUCCAAUGAAGAGAUCAGCAAAAUCUAUGAGAAGACGAACGUGGUUAAGGAGCCGGACGGGGAGGAUGAGCAGGUGUGCUGUGAGGCCCUGGAGGUCAUGACCCUGUGUUUUGCCCUGCUGCCCACCGCUCUGGACACACUCAGUAAGGAGAAGGCCUGGCAGACCUUCAUCAUAGACCUGCUACUGCACUGUCACAGCAAGUCAGUUCGUCAGAUGGCCCAGGAGCAGUUCUUCCUUAUGGCCACCAGGUGCUGCAUGGGCCACCGACCCCUCCUCUUCUUCAUCACCCUCCUCUUCACUGUGAUGGGGAGCACAGCUAAAGAGCGGGCCAAGCAUGCUGGGGACUACUUCACCCUGCUCAGGCACCUCCUGAACUACGCCUACAACAGCAACAUCAACCUGCCCAACGCAGAGGUGUUGCUCAACAACGAGAUCGACUGGCUGAAGAAGAUCAGGGAUGAGGUGAAGAGGACAGGGGAGACGGGCGUUGAGGAGACCAUCCUGGAGGGACACAUCGGAGUUACCAAGGAGUUGCUGGCCUUCCAGACACCAGAGAAGAAGUACUACAUUGGCUGUGAGAAUGGAGGGGCCAACCUCAUCAAGGAGUUGAUGGACGACUUCAUCUUCCCAGCGUCUAACGUGUACCUGCAGUACAUGAAGAGUGGGGAGUUCCCUAUGGAGCAGGCCAUCCCUGUCUGUAGCAGCCCCGCUUCCAUCAACGCAGGCUUCGAGCUGCUGGUGGCUCUGUCAGUGAGCUGUGUCCGGAACCUCAAGCAGAUCGUCAACAUGCUCACUGACAUGUACUACCUAGGUUGUGAGGCUCUGACAGAGUGGGAGUAUCUCCCUCCGGUGGGGCCGCGGCCCACUAAAGGCUUUGUGGGGCUGAAGAACGCCGGGGCCACCUGCUACAUGAACUCAGUCAUCCAGCAGCUUUACAUGAUCCCUCCCAUCCGCGACGGAAUCCUGGCCAUCGAGGGCACCGGCACCGACGUGGACGAUGACAUGUCCGGCGACGAGAAGCAGGAGAGCGAGAGUAACGCAGACCCGCGGGAUGAGGUGUUUAGCUAUAACCACCAGUUUGACGACAAGCCGUCGCUCAGUAAGUCGGAGGACAGGAAGGAGUACAACAUUGGGGUGCUGCGCCACCUACAGGUCAUCUUUGGUCACCUGGCCUCCUCCAGACUGCAGUACUACGUACCCCGGGGCUUCUGGAAACAGUUCAGGUUAUGGGGUGAGCCGGUGAACCUGCGAGAGCAGCACGAUGCCCUGGAGUUCUUCAACUCCCUAGUGGACAGUCUGGACGAGGCUCUGAAGGCCCUGGGUCACCCGGCCAUGCUUAGCAAGGUGCUGGGGGGAUCCUUCGCCGACCAGAAGAUCUGCCAGGGGUGCCCACAUAGAUAUGAGUGUGAGGAGUCGUUCACCACUCUGAAUGUAGACAUCAGGAACCACCAGAACCUGUUGGACUCUAUGGAGCAGUAUGUUAAAGGAGACCUGCUGGAGGGAGCCAACGCAUACCACUGUGAGAAGUGCAACAAGAAGGUGGACACAGUGAAGCGUCUGCUGAUCAAGAAGCUUCCCCCAGUGCUGGCCAUCCAGCUGAAGAGGUUUGACUACGACUGGGAGAGGGAGUGUGCCAUCAAGUUCAACGACUACUUUGAGUUCCCCAGGGAGCUGGACAUGGAGCCCUACACUGUAGCCGGGGUGGCCAAGCUGGAGGGGGACGACGUCAACCCAGAGAACCAGGUGAUCCAGCAGAACGAGCCCUCUGAUCCAGAGCCCCCGGGCAGCUCCAAGUACCGCCUGGUGGGGGUGCUGGUCCACUCAGGCCAGGCCAGCGGCGGACACUACUACUCCUACAUCACGCAGAGGAACGUGGGCGUGGCCGACGGCGAGCGGAACCGCUGGUAUAAGUUUGACGACGGCGACGUGACUGAGUGCAAGAUGGACGACGAGGAGGAGAUGAAGAACCAGUGCUUCGGAGGGGAGUACAUGGGAGAGGUGUUUGACCACAUGAUGAAGAGGAUGUCCUACCGGCGCCAGAAACGCUGGUGGAAUGCCUACAUCCUCUUCUACGAACGCAUGGACUCAUUGGACAAGGACAGUGAGCUGGUCAAGUACAUCCAGGAGCUGACCAUCUCGUCCUCGUCCAACAACAAGCCGUCGCACCAGGUCAAGAUGCCCAACGUGAUCGAGUGCAGCGUGCGCAAGCAGAACGUGCAGUUCAUGCACAACCGUAUGCAAUACAGCCUGGAGUAUUUCCAGUUUGUUAAGAAACUUCUGACCUGUAACAGUGUCUAUUUAAACCCUCCGCCAGGACAAGACCAUCUACUGCCCGAUGCAGAAGAGAUGGCUAUGAUAAGUGUUCAGCUGGCUGCUAGGUUCCUCUUCAGCACUGGUUUCCACACCAAGAAAGUAGUGAGGGGGGCCGCCAGUGACUGGUAUGAUGCGCUGUGUGUCCUGCUGAGACACAGUAAGAAUGUACGCUACUGGUUUGCACACAACAUCCUGUUUGCCUAUGCCAACCGCUUCUCCGAGUACCUGCUGGAGUGCCCCAGCGCUGAGGUCCGGGGCGCGUUCGCCAAACUCAUCGUCUUCAUCGCACACUUCUCCCUUCAAGACGGACCCUGCCCCGCGCCCACAGCAUCCCCUGCCGGCGCCUCCACCCAAUCACAGGCGUGUGAUAACCUGCGUCUCAGUGACCAUCUGUUGAGGGCUGUGUUGAACCUCCUCAGGAGAGAGGUGUCAGAGCAUGGCCGACACCUGCAGCAGUACUUCAACCUCUUCGUCAUGUAUGCCAACCUAGGGCUGGCAGAGAAGACUCAGUUGUUGAAGCUGAGUGUCCCAGCUACCUUCAUGCUGGUGGCUCUAGACGAGGGACCCGGUCCUCCCAUCAAGUACCAGUAUGCAGAGCUGGGGAAACUCUACACCGUGGUCUCCCAGCUGGUGCGCUGCUGUGAUGUGGCCGCACGCAUGCAGUCAUCCAUCAAUGGUAACCCCCCUCUCCCUAACCCGUACGGCGAUGCCAACCAGACCACCCCGGUGAUGCCUGUGCAGCAGCUGGUGGGAGAGAUCCUUUUUGUUAGGACCAGCUACGUGAAGAAGAUCAUCGAGGACUGCAGCAACUCAGAGGAGACAGUCAAGCUGCUGCGUUUCAGCUGCUGGGAAAACCCCCAGUUCUCCUCUACUGUGCUAUCAGAGCUGCUCUGGCAGGUGGCGUACUCCUACACCUACGAGCUGAGGCCUUACCUGGACCUGCUGCUGCAGAUCCUGCUCAUCGAGGACUCCUGGCAGACACACAGGAUCCACAACGUGUUGAAGGGUAUACCAGACGACAGGGACGGCCUGUUUGACACCAUCCAGCGCUCCAAGAACCACUACCAGAAACGGGCCUACCAGUGUAUCAAGUGCAUGGUGGCCCUGUUCAGCAGCUGCUCUGUUGCCUACCAGAUCCUACAGAGUAACGGGGACCUGAAGCGUAAGUGGACCUGGGCGGUGGAGUGGCUGGGGGAUGAGCUGGAGAGGAGACCCUACACAGGGAACCCUCAGUACACCUACAACAACUGGUCUCCACCCGUCCAGAGCAACGAGACCUCCAACGGGUACUUCCUGGAGCGCUCGCACUCUGCACGUAUGACCCUGGCCAAGGCCUGCGAACUUUGCCCCGAGGAGUGUCACUUAACGAAGCCCGGUGAGGCCAUGUCUGAAGAAGAAGCUGCCAUGCGGAAAUCGUCCUCGCCACAGCAGCUUUUGCCAGGGGACGGGACAGGACCACAGCAACACACUGUAAGCCCCUGGCACCCUCUUCCACUCUGUCCCCUCUCUAGGUGUUCCAUACAGGGCGAUGUUAGUGGUGUCUGUUCACUAGCACAUUGACACAGGGAGAAUAGCCUGGGCAGUAGAACCAACACACAGACAGUCAGUCUGGAGCAUAGGAGCUGGACAAUAACAGAUAGCAGUGACAGGAUGGUCAUAUGUCCGCUCGGCUGUUUGCGUUCUGCUCCCGUUCUGCUCCCUAAAGUGAUUUUGUGAUGACAGUUGGUGAUUGGCGCAAAUGUUUUACUCGUCAUGGUCUUUGGGAAUAUAGCCCGCUGAAGACUCAUCCUUUCUCUUUAUUCAGUGACUGACAAAGCAGCCAACUCCAGGUUCCUACUUGGCAGCAGAUAUAGAGCUGAGGGGAUUCUAGUAUAGACAAUUUAAGAUCCCUUUGAUGUUCCAUAAUAUAGUCAACCCCACCAAAAUCCAACAUGUCAAUAUUAACGUUGCACCAUUAACCCCACCAAAAUUCCAACUGAACCGCAUACCGCAAACAUUUCCUCUUUCCAGUAGCCGUGUCCCAUUGGUUACCUAAAGCAGCACUGACUUCCUGGCUUCCCUUUAGUUCAGUUGGUCCUUAACCUAACCCUGUUUAUCCAAUCAAAACUGUUUGUUCCACCCCCCUAAAGCAAACAAACUAUGGUGACAGAACUGAUCUGAUGAUGAAGUGCUAGUGUUAUGUGUAGUGUACUUACUGGUGUGUUGAGACUAGGUCAGCCAUUUAAAUCGCAUGUGUUCAUAAUAUAUUUCUAGUCAACAGGACGAGGUCACGUCUUGUUAUUGAUCGUUUUAAUCGGAAACAUCACCUUGAAUAAUUAUAAUUGUAACUACCCGUAAAACCAAUUCUAUAUCUGGAGAGAAAGAACAGCUAGAUGUCUUAGGACCACUACGUUAUUUGACAAUAGGCAGCACCUACUUUACCCACAGGUUAUUGUAGGUUUACGAUAGAUUCAUGAUAACACAGCACUAUCUCCUCCACUUAGAAUAACACAACAAGCUGUCUUCUAGUUGGUCUGGUCACAUGUUGUAAUGUGUUCUAGAUGUUGUCAGUCUCUGUCUUUAUGAGCAGACCGACUCAUACAGAUACACGGCCAGUUGUCCCAGCACAAAGAUGCCAGUCUAAAAAGGUAACGUUGGCAUAACCAUCAUGGAUUGAACACACAAAGUAGAAAUCCCUCUGUUUUUCUCUGAACUGGAUAAAAACUGCAUUUCCAUCUAGUAUUAGCCCCAGCAAAUUAUCCCAUAUCAACCUUAUAAGAACGUAUAUGCCCCAGCAAAUUAUCCCAUAUCAACCUUAUAAGAAAGUAUAUGGCCCCGUCCCUUAGAUGUUACACUAUAUACACAAAAGUAUGUGGACACCCCUUUAAAAUAGUGGAAUUGGCUAUUUCAGCCACACUCGUUGCUGACAGGUGUAUACAAUCGAACAAACAGCCAUGCAACCUCUAUAGACAAUUAUUGGCCAAAGAAUGGUCUUACUGAAGAGCUCAGUGACUUUCAACGACAUAGGAUGGCACCUUUCCAACAAGUCAGUUCGUCAAAUUUCUGCCCUGCUAGAGCUGCCCAUGUUAAUUUGUAAAGGCUGUUAUUGUGAAGUGGAAACGUCUAGGAGCAAUAACGGCUCAGCCGCGAAGUGGUAGGCCACACAAGCUCACUGAACGGGACUGCCGAGUGCUAAAGUGCGUAAAAAGCGUCUGUCCUCGGUUUCAACACUGACUACCAAGUUCCAAACUGCCUCUGGAAGCAACAUCGGCACAAGAACUGUUCAUCUGGAGCUUCAUGAAAUGGGUUUCCGUGGCCGAGCAGCUGCACACAAGCCUAAGAUCACCAUGCGCAAUGCCAAGCGUCGGCUGGAGUGGUGUAAAGCUCGCCGCCAUUGGCUUAAGCGUUGGCUGGAGUAGUGGAAACGCGUUCUCUGGAGUGAUGAAUCACUCUUCACCAUCUAGUUUUGACGGAUGCCAAACUAACACUACCUGCCCAAAUGGCUGGUGCCUACUGUAAAGUUUGGUGGAGGAGGAAUAAUGGUCUGAUGUUUUUCAUGGUUUGGGAUCCUGAGUUCCAG